UCUCCCCUCUAUUUCUUUCAUUCCAUUUCCUUCUCGCCCUUUGCCUUUGAUUGCCUUGCCUUUGCUGCCCAUCUUUUCUUUCAUUAUUUCCAUUCAAUGGCUACAGUUGAGGUCGUACCAACUUCAGUUGCAGAGGUAACCACCCAAGUAGAAGAAUCAAAGGUGGAGAUCUCUCCAGCUGCACCAGCUGUAGAAGAAGUAGCUGCACCAGCUGUAGAAGAAGAAGAAGCGGUAGCUGCUCCAACACCUGAGGUAGAAUCUGAAAAUCCCGCAGCUGCCGCCACUGAAGAAGAACCAGAGGUAGAAACCAAGGCCGUAGAGGAAGAGAAACCCGCUGCUGAAGUGGCGGAAAUCGAGAACAAGGAAAUUGAACCUAAAGACGUAGAUGUCGAGGAGGCGAAAGAAGAAGUGACUCCGGCACCAGCAGCAGUGGAAGAAACAGUAGCAGUAGCAAAAGAAGCUGCACCAGCUGCUUCCGAAGAAACCAUUGAGGCUGCACUGGAGGAGCCAGUGGAAGAAGCCAAAGAUGGAGAAGAAGAAGAGAAAGCUGUUGUGUUGGAGUAGAAGUAUUGGUGGAUUGUGGUUGUGGGCUUUUCAUUUGUUUGGUAGGAUUGUGGGCUGUGAUUUGCUGAGAUUUUUAGCUCAAUAUAGCAGAUAAUAAUGGUGGAUAUUUUAUUAAUUUUAGUAGAGAAGGGUUUUUGGGUGUGGCUUAUUGAGAGAGAGAGAGAGAGUGUGUCAAGGGUGAGAAUUUGUUGGUAAUGCUGUAAGAAGUUUUUUCUCUUCUCAGGGUUUUGGAUGCAUUUGUACUUGUUAGUCUUUAAUUAGUAUUAUUAUGUUUUUUUUUU